AUGUGGUUCGUGCCGGCUGAGAUCGCCGGGACAGCUCUCGUUGCCAUCGCCGUCCCUUCUUUUUACACUCUUGCCACAGCAAAUAGACAGCUAACAGCGUAUCAAGAUGAGGACGGCGAAGCUACAGCAGAGUCCUUCCGCGCGUUUGCACGUAGUCGGUGCAGCUAUCUCGCGGGCAUUUCUUCCGUCGCUGGUCUCUUGUGCUCGGUCCUCUUAGAGGAGCCCGUGUCUGUAUGGGCUGUUUUGUUACUUCAGGCUUUCUCGCUCUCUGUAGAACAGUCCCCAGCGAGAAGAUUCAACCUGGCCGUCUUUGCGUUCAUCGCUAGUGGCCUACCAAUCCUGGUCUCCAUAGGAUAUCUGGAAGAUGCGGGAAACGCGAAGGUACGGCUAUUGGCUAUCCUCCAAAUAGUUUCAGCCGUUACAAGAGGACUUGGCUGUCUCUUACUUCCGCGGCGUCCAGAUGUCUACCGCGAUGGUAAACUUGUAAACCGUGAAAGAACCGUCUCCCUUCUGACAAAACAUACAUUCGGAUGGGCAACAGACCAGUUACGACUAAUUGCAAGUGCUGGCCCAGCCUUCAACGCAGACUCACUCCCUCAAUUGAGUUCACUUUACCAGUCGAAGCAUCAAGCUGCCGUGCUGGAGAGAACGCUUGCAGUGCAAGGAACGCUAAGAGAGACUCUUCUUAAAAUAUACAGGGGACCACUGGUUAUCCAAGCACUGUUGAUCGCCUUAUCAUCGGCCUUGGAGUCGGCUCCCCAGGUUGCCUUGUAUAUGGUCUUGAGAUCUCUUGAGAACCAACAGUCCGGAGAACCGGGCCACCAGCCAUGGGUAUGGGUAUUAGCUUUGGGUGCUUCCAAACUCCUCUCGCCUACCGUGAGUAGCUGGGUUAAGUGGAUGAACCAAGGUGGCCUAUGUAUUCCUUUGAAUGCCGGACUGACAUCCGUUAUCUUUUCGAAAGCGCUGCGUCGCAAGGACGUAAAAUCUACCACCAAGGGUGGUGAUGAUGAUCACAAACAGGACAUUAUGAACCAUAUCAGUGUGGACUUGGGAAUAAUUGAUGGGUUCAUCGGGUACACCUACCUGAUACCUGCGUCGUUUCUUAAAUUGGUAUUUGCCUUGAUUUUCCUUACUCGACUCAUCGGGUGGAAGAGUCUGCUCUCCGCGAUGAUCAUAUCCGUUCUCCUUAUCCCAAUCAACGCGCGGUUGAUAAAAAACUAUGGAUCACUUCAACGAGGCCUGAUGAAAUCAAGAGACCGCAGGAUGGCUGCCAUACGAGAAGCCAUUCAAAGCAUUCGUUAUGUCAAAUUUGCUGCGCUCGAGGAAUAUUGGAAAACGCGCAUAUGCAAGCGGAGGGAAGAGGAGCUUUCCCAGAUCCGAUCUAGCUUUUUAUAUAAUGCGCUUUUGUUUUCUAUAUUCUGGAUCAUCAGCCCGCUGUUGCUCUCUUCUGUGUCUCUGGCGGUGUAUACUUUAGAGUAUGGAAGCAGCAGUUUGGCAGCCUCGGUUGCUUUUACGACUGUUUCUGUAUUGGAUUCGCUCGAGCUGUCUCUGGCCAUUCUACCUGAACUGUUUACCCAGGGAGUACAGGCCAAUAUCAGCUCAUCGCGCAUUGAUCGCUAUUUAAAAACGGCAGAGAGAAUACCUAAUGUAUCUGCAGGGAGUCACAUUGAAUUCACAGACGCAACUAUAUCCUGGCCAUCAGAACAACCCAAGUCCCAGAGUAACGCCGACCGCUUUGCCCUAUACAACGUCAAUUUGAAGUUCCCGUCCAACAAGCUCAGCGUCAUAUCAGGCAAGACGGGGUCAGGAAAGAGUCUUGUUCUUGCAGCCAUCCUUGGUGAAUGUGAGCUGGUCAGUGGAUAUAUUACCAAACCACAUCAUGAUCCUAAACAUGACGCUGAGCCGCCCGUUGGUGAUAUAUCAGACUGGAUUAUUCCGUCAGCAAUCGCGUAUGUCAGCCAGGUUCCAUGGAUUGAGAAUGCAAGUAUCAGGCAAAACAUCUUGUUCGGCCUUCCUUACCAUGAGGAGCGAUAUCAGAAUGUCCUCGAAGUUUGCGCUCUCUUCCCCGACCUAGCGACUCUGUCUGAUUUCGACAAUACAGAAGUAGGCCCCAACGGCGUUAACCUUAGCGGAGGACAACGAUGGAGAAUCUCAUUCGCUAGGGCACUGUAUUCUCGCGCGGGGAUAUUAGUGUUGGAUGAUAUAUUCAGUGCACUGGAUGCGCACACCGGGCGAUAUGUCUAUGAGAAUGCUCUGAGUGGAGACCUGGCAAAGGACCGCACUCGCAUCCUUGCGACACAUCAAGUUCUCCCUCAUGCAGACUACUUUGUACAUGUGGGUAAUGAUACUGCCAAACCUGUUGAUAGACCCCAGGAUGUCGUACAUGCAAUGUUCCUCGGACCAGCACAAGAUUCCCCUGCAAUAUCCAAGCUAAAGACUGUAGCUCCUCUUGAAGGACCUGAGGAAGGGGAUGCCGAGCACAAAAAGCCAAGAAAAUUCGUGGCUAAUGAGGAGAAAGAAACUGGUCAAACAAGAUUAUCAGUUUACGCAGAAUAUCUAAGGAAGGGCGGUCUAUUGUCAUGGACGAUGGUGUUUGUGCUCUAUGGCAGUUAUACGGGUCUAGUUCUAGGACGGUCAUGGUGGAUCAAGUUAUGGACGACCAAUUCUCCUGCUGCUCAGUCUGUCGAUUUAAACAAGAACCCGUCUUCCAGAAUAGAAUCUCCAGUCGCUUCAUACCUAAUAAUAUACGCAGUAUUGUCUGGUCUUGCUGGAGCAAUCGGUGUCUGGAGGUACUUUGUCUUGAUGCUAACAACUCUGAAAGCGUCACGUCAACUAUUCAAUGAUCUAACGCACUCUAUUAUAAAUGCUCCCCUGAAAUGGCUUGACACAGUCCCCUCUGGUCGAAUUGUGAACCGCUUCUCGUCUGACCUUUCCCGCGUUGAUUCGAGGAUCAGCCUCGAUGCUGGCUUCUACAUUGGCAGUGCUUUUGAUCUGCUUGCUAUCCUAGUAGCCGGAACUUUGGUAUCUCCCUCGAUUGUCCUGUUUGGUAUAAUUAUCUUGUUUUACAGCUCAAAGCUAUCAUCCAUCCAUGCGGUCGGAUCUCGGGAACUCCAGCGGCUUGAAAGCAUCUCGAAAAGCCCCAUAUCUGAGUUGUUUGGUUCGACGUUAGGUGGCCUGGCAACUCUUCGUGCCUAUGGGAGGACUGGACUCUACAUCCAGCGCUUGCACGACUACCUCGAUCGACGUAGUCAGUUGUCUUACCAUCUGUUGCUCUUCAAGCACUGGCUUGAUUUUCGUAUGACCUUGACGGGCACUCUGUUUGCAAUGUCUGCCGCCAUCCUGGUUAUUUCUACUAAUACCUCGGCUUCUCUGGCUGGGUUUACUCUUACCUUUACUCUUCAAUACAGCCAGAAAAUCACCUCUUUUCUCCGACAAGGAGUGAAUAUUGACUUGAAUAUGAACGCCGCAGAAAGAGUAUUGGAGUAUUCGGCCAUUCCACCAGAGGAAGAACCGGAUGCUGGAAUACCUGCACCGGCUGCAUGGCCAACAAAAGGACAGAUUGAGGUGCAGAACUUGGUUUUGAGCUAUGCAUCCGACCUUCCUCCCGCGCUUGACGGCAUCUCCUUCAGUAUCAGACCAAAUGAGAAGAUUGGAAUUGUCGGACGAACAGGAGCUGGUAAAUCAUCCCUUGCUCUUGCGCUUAUUCGGUGCCUUGAAGGCCCUAGCCAGGGCACAAUCUCCAUCGAUGGGGUCGAUAUUUCCAAGAUAAAGCUACAUGAUCUGAGAAGUCGCAUUGCACUCAUUCCCCAGGAUCCUGUUCUCUUCUCGGGAACAGUCAGGUCUAACCUAGACCCAUUCAAUCGGUUUGGAGAAGAAGACCUUCAAGGUGCUUUGCAAAGAGCCCAGUUAUCUGAGCAUUCUGCUUGGAGGGGAGAAAACCAUCAAGCGCAUGCAGCUACGACUUUCGAUACAGCGAUACAUAAUAGCAGUACUAUAACCCUUGACACUCCAAUAUCCGAAGGCGGACUGAACCUCUCCCAGGGCCAGCGCCAAUUGCUCUGUUUAGCCCGAGCCAUCCUUUCCAGACCUCGCAUUAUGAUCCUAGAUGAGACCACGUCCGCAGUUGACACGCAGGCGGAUGCCUUGAUCCAAAAGCUGCUUCGCACGGAGUUCCAGGAUACAACGGUUAUUUUUAUCGCCCAUCGUCUUGCUACUGUUGCUGAGUGUGAUCGAAUUCUGUUUAUGGACGCAGGGAGGAUAGUGGAGUUUGGAGCCCCAGAGGAACUGCUCCGGAUUGAGGGAGGGCAUUUUAGGAAUCUUGUUGAUUCGAGAAUCGCCUGA